AUGUUGUUUGAGAAAGAGCACCUUGAUUUGUUCUUUGUCCCUCUGGGCUUGCUCGUCAUGUUCUGCUACCAUCUCAUCCUUCUUUACAGAGUCCUCUACCUUCCCUACACAACAGUAAUUGGCUUCAUGAACAAUGAUAAGAAAAUCUGGGUUGACAGAAUUAUGCAGGCAAAUAAGGCUAAUGUAAAUAUGGCUCUCUCUGUACUUUCAACAAACACCUCUGCUGCAACAUUCUUAGCUUCAAUCUCCUUAACUCUCGGCUCUGUAAUUGGAGCCUGGCUCGGAAACUCCUCCUCCAACAACCUUUUCGAAAACAAGUUAAUCUAUGGCGAUACAAGGCCAGCCACCAUAUCAAUCAAGUACAUAUGCUUGCUCACCUGUUUCGUCCUUGCUUUCGCCUGCUUCAUCCAAUCAACGAGGUACUUCAUCCACGCAACUUAUCUGAUAACCACACCGGGAAAUGACAUACCUCCUGAAAUUGUGAAGAAUACAGUAGUAAGAGGAGGUGAUUUCUGGUCGAUCGGGCUUAGAUCUCUGUAUUUCGCUUUCAAUUUUCUUCUCUGGUUUUUCGGUCCAAUUCCAAUGUUUGUUUCCUCGAUCGUCAUAGUAAUUAUACUUCAUUACCUUGACACAAACUCAACUCCGACGCCGUUGUACCAUCAGAGGUUUCUAGGAGGCCAGGUAGGCAAAAGGCUUGAUAUAUGAUUGAGAUUCUUGUUUGCAUUAUUACGCCAUUGUUG